AUGGCCAUGAAGAUGAUUUGCUCGGUUCUGCUGUCGCUGGCAAGCUUGGCAGCCUCCCAGACUUGCUGGGCGGGCAUUCCAUCCAGCAUCACCGCCACACCAGGAAUGACGGUGAAGACGAUGACCACCGUCGCCGCCUGCACAACAACCACCAUGACAACCACCACAACUACAACUACCACAACCACCACAACCACAACGACCACCACAACCACCACGACCACAACAACCACCACAACCACAACGACCACCACGACCACCACGACAACGACCACCACCACCACGACCACCACGACCACCACGACAACGACCACCACCACCACGACUACAACAACCACGACCACGACAACCACCACGACCACCACCACCACCACAACUUCAGCCCCGAACUGCGGAGCUGUAACGUACAUGGGCGGUGAGUUUUCGGGUGCCACAGCCGCCUCAGGGUGCACCGACCUCGCCUACGGAUCAAACUGCUCAGUGACCAUCGCGGCCCAGACCGGCAGUUUGGCCAAAUGCCUUGCAGCUGGCACAUACACCUUUGCAUGCCCUGAGGCGGCUGGCGGGCAGACCUUCCUCAUGGCUACGGAGGCCUACCUGCAGUGCAAGGUCUGCGCCGCGAGCUUCACUGAUACCAACGACGGCACCGGAGUCUACUCAGGCAUGCUGUACUUCGGGCAGAACAUGCUGAACGGGGUUGUGGACGAGGCCCGUCUCGUGACUUCUGACUUCGUGUUGCGAACUUCGUGA